AUGUCAAGCCAUCCCCCCGACUACGAGAGUAAUCGUCCGGGCCCGGGACAGUAUCCACACGGAUGGGCUCCCGAAGAUCACUAUCAUCAAUAUCCUCCAGCACCAUCAUACGGUCCUCCUGAACACGAUCGCGCCUACUACCCUCCUCCACCAUCGCAAUACCCGCCCAACAUGGCCGCCGUCCAUCAACAUCCGCACCCACCGCAAGAUUAUCGCUUACCACCACCACCUGGAGGACCUUAUGCCGCUGAUCCUUAUGGCCAACCUGGAGUCGUUUAUCAGGCCGCAGCACCUCGUCAAAGAACUGCCAUUGCCUGCCGCUAUUGUCGCCGACGGAAGAUUCGCUGCUCUGGAUUUGAAAGCUCCUCGGAUGGGAGAUGUACUAACUGUGUGCGAUUCAAUCAAGAGUGCAUGUUCACUCCCGUCUCCUCUCAGGCUCAAGCCUUUGUCCCCGCACACGCCGCAUACCCUCAUCUACGCAACUCUGGGCCCCGUGGUGGCGGCGUGACGCUCUACGGAGCCCACGGCCAACCUCUUCCUUCGCACCAGCAACCGCAAGGCGAAACCACCUUGCCGCCGCCUCAAGGGAUGUACCCGCAGCACCCGUACGGCGGAGCCCCCCUUGCGUCUUCGAUGCCGGAUCCGAGACAACCUGGUGGCAGACGAGGCUCCGGUUCGGAACCUGCCUAUCCCGACCCGACAAAUCUGGCUCCCGUUACCCCCGCCGGAUCCAUCCCGGGAUACCAAACUUCAAGCCCUUACUACCCACCUCCUCCCCAGGACCGGCGUACGUCGCCGCAAUCUGCCUAUGCCUACGAAGCUCGUCAUUCCUCUUCUCCUCACGGCUCGCCAUACCCGCCAAUGCAGCCACCGCAAAGUGGUCCCACUCCACCCCCUUCCACUUCCACUUCCACACCUAGUGGCUCCGCACGCGCAGGAUUGAAUGUACGCGAUAUGCUGAACCCUGGCGAUUCUCACGGCCGCAGCAGCGCUGACAGCGAUAUGCUCAAUGCGCUCAACCGCCGCGGACUCGGCCAGUAA